UACCAGUAGACAGAUUCCUUUUAGUUUCCAUGGAGUCGUGUCACGUUUCCAUAACACUUUCUUUCGCAUUUUCGUUAUUACCUUAACCUUUUUGAAAUCAAUGAUUUGAAGGAAGAAUGGUGUUUCAUUGUAGAUGUUUCUCAUUCGAAUAUGAACCCAGAAGUCGAGGAAAAUCGAGUUCGACUGAAACAUUUUAUACCGCUUCGUCGGAUUUCAAACGGUCCAAAUCCGAUCAUCAUACCUCCUCAAAUUUUGCCCUAAAAGGAAACAAUCUUAGGGUCUUCACAUUCGGCGAGCUCAAGUCAGCAACUAGCGAUUUUUCCAUGUCUUCCAAGAUUGGAGAGGGUGAAUUUUGGAGCGUCCAUAAGGGCACAGUUAAGAGUCUGGAAUGUCCGUUUGAUGAGAUUCAGGUAGCUGUAAAGCUCGCCAAUGGACGAUUGCCGGGGCAUAUAAAACGGCUAAGGGAGGCGAGUCUUCUGGGUGUGAUUGAUCAUCCAAACCUUGUAAAGCUAGUUGGUUACUGUGUAGAAGAUGAUGAAACGGAAAUAAACCCGCCGAUUUUAGUCUAUGAGUAUAUGCGUAAUGGAAGUGUGGAGGAUUGCUUAUCAUCUGCAACGUCCACAACGCAUCUCUCGUGGACCAUGAGACUGAAAAUCGCUCAAGAUGUUGCUCGUGGCUUAGCCCAUCUGCAUGAAGGAGCAGAGUAUCAGGUAAUUUUCAGAGAUUUCAAAUCGUCUAAUAUCCUUCUAGAUGAUCGAUGGAACGCUAAGCUUUCGUUCAGGUGGCUUAGUUUACAUCCUCACCCACUCAACUAUAUUUCAACCUCAUCGGUAACUACAGGGUAUUCGGCUCCAGAGUACAAUCAAACAUUCAUUGAAACAGGGCAUCUGACAGCCGCAUGCAAUGUAUGGAGCUAUGGGUGCUUCCUGUAUGAACUUAUAACGGGUAGGCUCCCAUUGGACAGAAACCAUAGUAAGAACGACCUGCGGAUUGUAAAAAGGGUGAAAUCCUACCUACAAUCAAAAAGGGUAACUGUUGAUCCAAGACUUGAAGAUGAUUACUCGAUUAAGUCAGCGCAAAAGUUGUGGAUUAUAGCCAACAGAUGCUUGUCGAAAAACCCAAAGUCUAGGCCAAAGAUGAGUCAUGUCUUGAAAAUGGUUGACAAACUCAUUGGGGUUCCAUCACAAGGGGUGUAGACUUUUUUUUUUAAAAAAAAAAGUUCCUAUUAAGUUGAAGAAAGAAACAAAGUUUUUUAAGUACAUGCAAAACGACUCACAAUAACAUCUUGGAUCUCUUGAAAUUUUGUUGAUUUUGAGGGAGUACUGUUUUGUAUCAUAUCGAGUAACAAAUUAUGUUUUGUCGUGUAAUUUGCUUCUUAAAAUCUAGGAUUGGUGACUCAAAUGAUCUUGAAGUUACAAAAUUGUCACAAGUUAGCCAUGUAAGAUCAAAGCAUGGCAAUUAAGCCAUUGAACUCUAAUUUUUGUUACUAUUUCAUCUUUACACCCGCCUA